AGGGCCAGGUUAAUUUGGGAUCCAGGUUGAGUAAUAGGCGUAAGAAUGCUUCUAUAUUAUAAGGGGCAAUGGUCUGUGAUUUGGGUUUAUGCGAAUAUUGUUGAAAAAAAUGUCAGAAUCCUCUCAUCCCCAAUUCUGAGUCUAGCUUCUCAUCCCUUUCUUAUCUCUAUCCUUAGUUACUUGUUACUUCAGUAGUUUCUAUUGUAAUUCAGUAGUUUGAGAGUUGCAAUUGUUAUCUCAAAGUUGUAAUCAGUGUUCCAGUCGUUAUUAAUAUAGUGAGGACUUUCAGUAUUGUUACAUUGGUGCUUUUAUCUAUCGGACUUCAACAACGACAUGUUUCUACUUAGAUUCAGUGGCGACGGCAACUCGGAGAGAUGGAUUUUUCUGGCUGAGUUGUACUUCACAUACCUUGACUUCUCCAAGAAGGACUGGCUGCCUCUUCCUUCCUUCUAUCUUGAAGGCGAUGCCCUCGCGUGGUUCAAUUGGUUCCAAUUCUAUGAUUGGAACCAUUUCAAGGAGAAAUUUUUCUGCAUUUUCAAAAACGGACCUUCACUAUUUCGUCGAGAAUGACAGAUACUGCACAAGCUUUUGUUGAUUACGUCAAUUUCCCUACAUUGGUUCGACCAUCGACCUAUGUGUCUGCAUUACUCAAAUCCCCAAAAUUCAUGAACCCAAAGCUCGUCUAGUUGAUAGAGACAAGUAUGCAAUUGUCGUAGACGAGGUGCUUGAUGAAAAUCCCCAAGGGAAACGUUCGAAAAUGUACUAGGAGUAUACCCCUGCUACCGCCUGCGCUUGCACUGAUGUUUGGACUGGGUAGCAAUGGCGCAACGAAACAUCUCUUUUCCAUCAGAUUUCAGCUCUUUUACUCCACAGCUGCAGCAACUUCCCGUGCUAAUACAUUGGUGGACUUUCUGGUGAACUCACUUGGCUUCUCCAACAAAGAAGCCAUUUCUACAAGCUCCAAGGUAACUCGUUCGAGACUCCGGAAUUAUGAGCCACAUUUGUUACUUGAUCUCUUUCGCAAAGUGGGUAUGAACAAAGCCCAGAUAAAAACCCUUGUUUCUUCUUCCCCUGAAGUGUUGUUUUCUCAUAUUGAUAAAAACCUUAAACCCAAAAUUAAGGUUUUACAAGAACUUGGCUUAUCUGGGUCUGACCUUGUUACUUUUAUCAAUAAAAGCGAUUUCUUGACAAGAGGUUUACAUACUACUAUUAAACCCAGUCUUGAUUAUCUUCGGGAGUAUUUGGGCAGUUAUGAUGCUGUAGCUAGGGUUGUUAAGAAAGAGCCUAGGCUGCUUUCCAAUAAUCUCCCUAAAGUAAUACCACCCAAUAUAUUAUUGUUGCAAAAUCUUGGGUUUUCACGGGUGGAUAUUGAGACGGUUUUUCAUCGGCGUCCUAGGUAUCUGCUUAAUAACCCUGAGUGGCUUGAGAGAGUAGUAAAUCAAGCAGAAAAGAAUUUUAACGUACCUCGGGAGUCACGGAUGUUUCUUCAUGCCAUUGAAGCACUUGUGUCGCUUGAUGAAUCGAAAUUAGAAAGGAAAUUAGAUAUUUUCCGGAGUUUUGGAUGGUCUGAUUCUGAUAUAUCCGCAAUGGUGCGAAAGCUUCCUUACUGUUUGACUUCAUCAGAGGCUAAGAUAAAUAUUACAUUGAAGUUUUUCAUGAAUGAACUGGGGUAUGAACCUAGUUAUCUGGCUUCUCAUGCACCACUUUUAAAGUACAGUAUGGAGAAGAGGGUCAAGCCAAGGAAUGAAAAUUUGAAGUUUCUUCAAGAAAACCAGCUGAUAAAAGGGAAACUAAGUCUUUACACUGCCGUGUCAUCUCCUGAAUCACGAUUUCGAAAGAAAUAUGUUCUUCCUUUCAAGGAGAAGAUGCCUGAGUUGUAUGAUUUAUACAUCAAAAAUACAAGCUAAAGAGAGGUCUUUACAGUGAGACAGUGGCUGCAGAGCAGUGUUUAUUUAAGAGAUUUAUUCACUUCUUGAUAGUUUUGUUCUUUCAUUUUGGUGCUCUUUUCAAGCAUGUUGCUAGUUUACCUUUCAUUGUUGAUGAUAUAUUUAUCAAAAAAGUUACUGAGCUAUGAAAACUAGAAAUUUAGGCUGGUCUCAUUUUCAAAUCAACUGAUGUUUCUUGUUUAAUGGGAAAGAAAGCAGUAAAGAAACCAGACUUGAUAUAUAUGACAUUGAUUGUUUGAA